GUAGUGGGUGUGAGGUGGAUUUGAACUUGAAGCCGGGGCAGAUUGGAGGAGACUCCUAGCUGAUGUCCGAGUAGACUGCGCUCUGAGGAGAGAAAGAGAGCUCUAUACAGCGGGAACUAGAACGUAUAUUAGUCUGGUUCUGGAACUAGAAUCCGGGAUCUUUGGAAACUUGAUCGAAAACUUAGUUGGUGGAUAUCUGGACCCAAGGUUCUAUAGAAAUGUUACAUCUCAGACACCUGCUCUGGCUGAUGUUUCUCUGUUCUGCUUUAGCUGAAAAAGAUCCAUCAUGGAGGAUGACGGUAGAGAAGGCUGCCCCCGUUAGUGGUUCUCUGGCUGGCAGGGUGGUGCUACCAUGCCACUUCUCCAUCACCCCCACCACACACACCCCCACACUCACCCCUAGCACCCAGGGCCCAGAGGACCAGCUGAGGAUCAAGUGGAGCAAGGUGGAGGGAGAUGGGGAGCGUGUGGUGCUGGUGGCCCAUGGAGGAGUGAUCAAGGUGGGGCAGGAGUACAAGGGAAGGGUGUCUGUGCCCAACCACCCCCAGGCAGUAGGGAAUGCCUCGCUGAUCGUUGUCCACCUGAGGGCUAGCGACGCUGGGCUCUAUCGCUGCGAAGUCAUGCAUGGGAUGGAGGACACCCAGGAUACUGUUCAUCUCAAUGUCAGUGGUGUGGUGUUUCACUACAGAUCUAGCUCUAGUCGUUACACCUUGUCCUUCCCUGGGGCCAUUGACGCGUGUCUCGCUGCCGGGGCCACCAUCGCUACAGCCCAACAGCUGACCGCCGCCUUCGAGGACGGACUGGACCAGUGUGACGCCGGCUGGAUAGCUGACCAGACUGUCAGAUACCCAAUCACGAAGCCCCGUCCUGGUUGCAUGGGCGAUAUGAAGCACAGACCUGGGAUCAGGACGUAUGGGCUCAGAGACCCUAAAGAGACCUAUGACGUCUACUGCUAUGUAGAUAAACUACACGGCGAGGUGUUCUACACUCCUGUCAGCUACAAGCUGACCCUUCGCCAGGCCAAGCAUGAGUGUGAGAGGCAGGGGGCGGUGCUCGCCUCCCCUGGUAACCUGUUCGCUGCGUGGCGUGGAGGACUGGAUCGCUGUGAUUACGGCUGGCUGUCAGAUGGCAGCGCCCGCUACCCCAUCUCCGUCCCCAGGCCCCAGUGUGGAGGAGGGCUGCUCGGGGUCCGGACCCUGUACCGAUUCCCUGACCAGUCAGGCUUCCCCAACCCUAUUGACAGACAUGGAGCUUUCUGUUUCAAGGGGAAGGAACCAGAGAUCACCUCUCCUGGACCUGUGACGACCACAGACGCUCGCAGGACAGACACAGCUCCAGACAAACCUGAUGCCAUCUACCACACAGGCAGAACUGACCACACAGUUACAGACCCGAUUCACUCAGCCAGAACUGACCACACAGUUACAGACAGAACUCACACAGCCAGAACUGACCACACAGUUACAGACAUAUCUCACACAGGCAGAACUGACCACACAGUUACAGACAUAUCUCACACAGCCAGAACUGACCACACAGUUACAGACCCAACUCACACAGCCAGAACUGACCACACAGUUACAGACCCGAUUCACUCAGCCAGAACUGACCACACAGUUACAGAACCAAAUCACACAGCCAGAACUGACCACACAGUUACAGACAUAACUCACACAGCCAGAACUGACCACACAGUUACAGACCCAACUCACACAGCCAGAGCUGACCACACAGUUACAGACCCAACUCACACAGCCAGAACUGACCACACAGUUACAGACAGAACUCACACAGCCAGAACUGACCACACAGUUACAGACAGAACUCACACAGCCAGAACUGACCACACAGUUACAGACAGAACUCACACAGCCAGAACUGACCACACAGUUACAGACAGAACUCACACAGCCAGAACUGACCACACAGUUACAGACAGAACUCACACAGCCAGAACUGACCACACAGUUACAGACAGAACUCACACAGCCAGAACUGACCACACAGUUACAGACAGAACUCACACAGCCAGAACUGACCACACAGUUACAGACAGAACUCACACAGCCAGAACUGACCACACAGUUACAGAGAAACAUCACCCCACAGACAGACCACACCAGACUACUGCAGAGCAAGACAGAAGUCAGCAUGCAGGUGGACUACAUGAGACAGCGUAUACAGGCACAGACAGACAUCACACAGCUACUGACAGAACACACACCACCAAACACAAACAUCACACCACUGACUAUACGACAAUAGACAAAGACAGAACUACAGGCAGAAAGACAGACUUCUCUGUUGGUACCACUCUGUUCCCUGAGUAUGACGUGGAUGACUUUGGCCCAGACCUAACCAAGGUAGAGUCAGUUCCAAGCAGGGGUGAUACCCUGUUCCCUAUGCAGCUGCCCCCUCUCCCCACCACCCGCUCCCAGCCCAUCCACCCCCACCUCGACAUCAACCAGGGGGGAGACCAGGUGGGACAGGGAGAGACUCAGAUAGGCUCAGGCAGAGGGGAGAGCAGUGGGAGUGGGGAGGGGAGCAGUAGUGAUGGGGGAAGUGAGGGGGAGGACAGGGUAGUAGUGAUUCCUACACAGGGCUUCAUGGCCGGGACAGGGAUGGGAUCAGACCCUUCACGCCCAGGACAACCAGGUUACCCAGGACGUCCAGGGUCAGUCACCCCAGAGCAGGGCCAACCAGGCUGGGACAGAGUGACAGGACAGAAGCCUGCUGUGGUCUACAAGGAGGAGGAGGGCCAGAGCUCUAGAAAAACAACCCAUAGCAUAGCAGGAGCCAUGGAAUCAUACAGCGUGGACCAAUCGGUGGCGAUCCCUCAUGAGGCAUCUCCCACCAAACCACCCUUCCACCUCAUCAUUGUCAACGUGUAUGACAAGAACCAAACAGUCGACCACAUCCUGCAGAUCCUUGGCCAGCCUCUAGGGGGUAAUGGAGAUUUCCAGUCCCCUCUCAUCCCAGCCUUCCCAUUCAUCCAGACUGAGGCCAUCCAGGGCAGCGAGGACAGUAUCCAUCCCAUCACUCUUCCCCCAACACUCAGCUUCAUCAACGGGAAACACCAGGUGACUCUGGAGCCAGAGCUGCCGGGGAAGGAGCAGGAGGCGAGAGGAGACCAGUUUGAGACGGCCACACCAGUCCACAGUGAACUGGGGGAAGAGAUGGAUCAUGACGAGGAGGAGAAGAGCCUCACUCCCUUUGACUAUGGAGCCAUUCAUACUGGAGAGACCAGAGAGUCCACUACUACAGACAGAGACACACAGAGAGACACAGACAGAGACACAACUACAGACAGAGACACAACUACAGACAGAGACACAACUACAGACAGAGACACACACACAUACAGAGACACAGACAGACACACAACUUCAGACACAGACAGAGAUACAGACAGACACACAACUUCAGACAGAGACACAGACAGAGACACAGACAGAGACACAGAUAGACACACAACUUCAGUCACAGACCGAUAUACAGACAGAGAGAGGACACAGACAGGAGGAAAGACAGAAAGCUCCAAAGAAACAACCCCUUCUUCCCUACACACAUCCCCAGUCUCUUCCCCAGGCUCUUCCCCAGUCUCUUCCCCAGGCUCUUCCUCAGUCUCUUCCCCAGGCUCUUCCUCAGGCUCUUCCCCAGGCUCUUCCCCAGGCUCUUCCUCAGGCUCUUCCCCAGGCUCUUCCCCAAUCUCUUCCUCAGUCUCAUCCCCAGUCUCUUCCCCAGGCUCUCCCCGUGUCUCUUCCCCAGUCUCUUCCUCAGUCUCUUCCCCAGGUUCUUCCUCAGUCUCAUCCCCAGUCUCUUCCCCAGGCUCUUCCUCAGUCUCUUCCCCAGGCUCUUCCUCAGUCUCUUCCCCAGUCUCUUCCCCAGGCUCUUCCUCAGUCUCAUCCCCAGUCUCUCCCCCAGGCUCUUCCUCAGUCUCUUCCCCAGUCUCUUCCCCAGUCUCUUCCCCAGGCUCUUCCUCAGUCUCUUCCCCAGGCUCUUCCUCAGUCUCUUCCCCAGUCUCUUCCCCAGGCUCUUCCUCAGUCUCUUCCCCAGGCUUUUCCUCAGUCUCCACCCCAGUCUCUUCCCCAGGCUCUUCCUCAAUCUCAUCCCCAGUCUCUUCCCCAGGCUCUUCCUCAGUCUCUUCCCCAGGCUCUUUCUCAGUCUCAUCCCCAGUCUCUUCCCCAGGCUCUCCCCGUGUCUCUUCCCCAGGCUCUUCCUCAGUCUCUUCCCUAGUCUCUUCCCCAGGCUCUUCCUCAGUCUCAUCCUCUGGUUCCCCCGAUACUUCCCCAGAUGGCAUCUUCCCCUAUGAGGACAUGGAGUGGUCAAGCGGCCAUACCCAGGAGGGCUCAGCAGAUGAUACCCGGCCCACCCCAGCCUCAGAUAGCCAACCAGGUGUGGUCACGGACGAGACAGAGAUUGGAGGGGCGGAGAGCGUCGCACACACUCCAUCUCACACACACUACACUUACACCAAAGACAAACAAACUCCCUCAGAGACCGAGGUAGGAGACUUUGAGGGGUCUACGUCGACAGAAGAGGAAGGCUCGGCCCAGGAGGUGUACCCACAUGAAGACCCCAGAUUCACCAGCCCUGGCAGCCCUGGAGCCAUUGAGGCUCCCCUGGUGGGGCCUGGGGUGGAAGGACAGGUGACUGUUACACCCGAACCGGGAGCCAGACCAGGAGCCGGACCAGCCCAGGCAGGAGAGACUGUAGGAGACCGCACUGCACAUCACAUAGACUCUUCUACACAGCACACAGACUACCCCCUCCAGCCUACCACGCAGGAUAAAGAUCUCUCCACUCACACUAAGGAUCAGACCAGAUACCCACCUACACAUGGGAAAGACCAAACCACCCAGCAUGCCACACACGAUAGAGAUCACUCCACAUACACUAAGGAUCAUACCAGAUACCCCACUACACAAACCACCCUGCAUCCAACACAUGAUAGAGAUCACUCCACACACACUAAGGAUCAGACCAGAUACCCCACUACAGAAACCACCCAGCAUCCAACACACGAUAGAGAACACCUCACACACACUAAAGAGCAAACCAAACAACCCUCUCACCCUAGAUUCCCCACCACCCACCACCAGGAGAAAACCAGCCUCUCUACCACAGAUCAGAAGACCACACUGCACCUGAACCUGACACACACACCCCCUGCACACCCCUCCACUCCACCUUCCACCCGCCUUUCCACUCCACCUUCUGCACAUCCCUCCACUCCACCUUUCACCCACUCCUCCAGUCCACCUUCUGCACAUCCCUCCACUCCACCUCUCACCCGCCUUUCCACUCCACCUUCUGCACAUCCCUCCACUCCACCUUUCACCCACUCCUCCACUCCACCUCCUGCCCACCCUCCACUCCACCUCCCACCCACUCCUCCACUCCACCUCCUGCCCACCCCUCCACUCCACCUCCUGCCCACCCCUCCACUCCACCUCCUGCCCACCCCUCCACUUCAUUUCCCACCCACUCCUCCACUCCACCUCCUGCCCGCCCCCUCCCGCCCCAUCCCUGACUGGGCCCUGACCACCCAGACCCUCCUGCCUGAUGGGGAGGAGUUUGUGGAUUAUGACCAUGUGAAUGGUUCUCCUCUGCUGGAGGCCAGUCCCCCUGUUCCUGAGGAACCCCAGUCCACCUAUCAGCCUGAAACAGGAACUGACUACUACAUUGAGGCCCAGACCGUCGAUGUCAGACCUCUGCAGCAGUGCACGGUAAAUGUGUGUCUGAACAAAGCAUCUUGCUACCAGAGAGGCAACGCCAGCAUCUGUGUAUGUGCACCUGGAUACACCGGACAGCGUUGCCAAACAGAUGUUGAUGAGUGCCAAUCCAACCCAUGUGCUAAUGGAGCCACCUGUAUGGACGGAGUCAACUCCUUCAGCUGUGUGUGUCUGCCCAGCUACGCAGGACAGCUCUGUGAACAAGACACGGAGGUGUGUGAGUAUGGCUGGCAGAAGUUCGAGAGCCAUUGUUAUAAGUACAUCACCCACCGUCGGACAUGGGAUGCUGCCGAGAGAGAGUGUCGUGUCCAAGGAGCCCACCUAGCCAGUGUCCUGUCACAGGAGGAGCAGCUGUAUGUCAACCGUCUGGGCCAUGACUACCAGUGGAUUGGUCUGAACGACAAGAUGUUUGAGAGAGACUUCCGCUGGACAGACGGCAGCAUCAUGCAAUAUGAGCACUGGCGUCCCAACCAGCCAGACAGUUUCUUCCAAUCUGGAGAGGACUGUGUGGUGAUGAUCUGGCACGAGGGAGGACAGUGGAACGAUGUACCCUGCAACUACCACCUCACCUUCACCUGCAAGAAGGGCACAGUCUCUUGCAGCCAGCCCCCAUUGGUGAAGGAUGCCUGUGUGUUCGGUUCUAUGAAGCCUCGUUAUGAGAUCAACACUCUGGUUCGUUACCACUGUAAAAACGGCUUCAUACAGAGACAUGUCCCUACCAUCCGCUGCCGUGACAAUGGCCAAUGGGACAGCCCCAAGAUCACCUGUAUGAGCCCCGCUACCUACCAGAAGGCUUUCGUUUCUCGGCAACGUACCGAUAAUCACAAUCAUAACCAGAAUCAGUACAAUCACAACAAUCAAAACCAGCACCAAUACAACUAUCGAAACCAACAAUACAACAAUCAAAACCAACAAUACAACAAUUAAAACAACCAAGACCAACAGAAGAAUUACAACUAGCAACGUCAGGGCAGCCGUAACCAGCAGCAACAGAGCCAGAGAGAGACGAGACAUCAACACUAAUCUGAUUUCUGGUCAGUCCUUAAAAGCGCAGAUAAGGUUGCAAAAUUCCAGUAACUUUCCCAAAAUUCUAAAGCUUUCCAGAAAUCCUGGUUGGAGGAAUCUGAAUUUCCUGUUAUUCCCUCCUGAUUCCAGGACUCUUCCAAUGGGGAUUUCUGGAAUUUUGAGUAAUGUACUAAUCCCAGACAGAGUCAGAUCAGAUCCAAGGGGUUAGCUAGGGCCAGACGCAUUGACAUACUUUCAGAACUAUUUAUAAAUAUGUAUAGCUAGGGCCCUGGAUAGGGCCAUGGGGUAUUUCACAAGGCAUAAUCACAAUCAGCAAGCUAACUCUGAUAAACUCUCAUUAAACACAGGUUUAAUAAACAUUGUAACACAGAGUAUUGAGUCCAUUUCAAAUUCAACUAGGACAAAUGAAGUUUCAGAAUAUUUUUGAAGUUAGUUGGCUAACUUGAUCUUGAUCUUGCUUAGUGAAAUCCACCCCAGAUCACGUCUGAUUCUUCCGACAACAACACACACUGCCUUAAUGGUUAACACAGCUACAGUGUCCGUCUCGAGAACAGGAGAGCUUCUCUGUGCCUGCUCUAGAGGGACACAUCUCAAUCCAAUGCUUUCUGAAAAUGUCCACUUUAUGCUGUUUCUUUUUCCUGAGAAACAAUCCACUGAAAAUACAUAUAAAAUAUAUAUUUGGCUCACUACUAGAAUGUCUGCCUGUGCCCUGGUGACAAGUUUGCAAUUAUUCCAGUGAAAGAGACCCGAGUUUAUUAUUUGGAAUAAUGAGCAUUCACAUAAUCACAUCAGCAAGUUAUGAAGGUUUAUAUUAAUCAUUCCAUAUUUUCUGCUCACAGAAUGGAAGAUAGAAGUUGAUUGUUCUCAUAUACAAUCCCCUUCAGAACAGCUUCAGUUCGUCGUGGCAUAGACUCUACAAGGUGUUGAAAGUGUUCCACAGGGAAGCUGGCCCAUGUUGACUCCAAUACUUCCCACAGUUGUGUCAAGUUGGCUGGAUGUCCUUUGGGUGGUGGACCAUUACUGAUAAAUACAGAAAACUGUUGAGUGUUAAAAACCCAGCAGCGUUUCAGUUCUUGACACAAACCAGUGCGCCUGGCACCUACUACCAUGCCCUGUUCAAAGGCACUUCAAUCUUUUGUCUUGCCCAUUCAUCCACUGAAUGGCACACACACACACAAUCCAUGCCUCAAGGCUUACAAAUCCUUCUUUAACCUGUCUCCUCCCCUUCAUCUACACUGAUUGAAGGGGAUUUAACAGGUGACAUCAGUAAGGGACCAUAGCUUUCACCUGGAUUUACCUGGUCAGUCUAUGUCAUGGAAAGAGCAGGUGUUCUUAGUGUUUUGUAUACUCAGUGUAGACUUGAUUCAAUAUUGUGCAUACAGGCAGUAUGUCAUGUGAAUUCAUUUUAUGCAAAAAAAAUAUCAAAAUAAUGAGCCACAUGUUUAUCACCAUCUUUGGUCAAUUAAAAAGUCACUAUGAAGUGCAAUCGUUGUUUAUGACAAGUGACUGUUAGCAUAUGGAGCAUAGAAGGAAUAUCUGUGACAGUCACCUCCUGCAGUGGCUCUCCAGCGUAUUAGAAACAUCAGUAAUACCUUCAUCGGAAAGAUAAUGUUUUAAAAAAAAAAAGUUAUACAAACAGUAUGUAUACAAUGAUAAAGAGGAAAAUAUAGAGUAUAAUGAAUGUCAGGUAUGUGGGUGAACGUGUGCUGUGGCUAGAGACCUGACUCAUAAGAUUAGAGGAUAAAAGUUAUAUAUUAAGACAUAUCCAUUUCAUUUAUUGUAUAUGUUACACCAAUGAAUGGACUGUGAUACUGUUAAAGGUCAUGAGAACUGAAGUGAUUUUUACAACAAUGACUUAUUUUCCUGUUUACAAAAAUCUGCCUUGUUGUACCUUGCAGAGAAAGACCCGUAUCUUACAUUAUGUCUCAAUUCAGUUCUUUAUGUUGCACACAACCUGUUUAGUAAAGUUAUACAAUCCAGAUAUGUGAGCUGUUACCGUGCUGGGCAGGGGGUUGACCUGUACCCGAGAAUCCCCCCAAACUGCUCUCAACAGAACCAACUUUGAGAAACACUCAGGUCGUGUUCCCCUGCUCAGACAAUGCAUGUAUCAACCAAUGGAUGCGUGCCAGAUCACCAUUAGGCGCCAGAUUGCUGUAACAUAUGAAUUUGUUGGCUGAUACGUAAAAUACCUAUCCAGGCACAUCUAAGCAGAGUAACACAACCUCAAAGACACUUGAACUAUGACCUUUUAGAAAUACAAAUGAUUCCUUUUUACGUAAGGAACAUUUUUGAUCCCCAAAAAAUUGCUCAAAUACUUUUUCAGUAUAUCCUGUUACUAUCGUCUGUAAAAUAUCUGUAUAAAUCAAUUGCUCCUGAUUAAGCAUGAACAACAGUACAAAGAGGAGACUGUAUUGACAGUUUAUCGGCUAAUAUCGCUGUUCCUCAGUUAGAAGAUUCUGCUGCAUUUGUCUUCUUUGUUUACUGCUUUCAUACAUUCUGUUUGCUCUGUUUUUAUCAUGUCUGUUUCUACUCAGAGAGUUUUUUGGGAGUACUGUAUCGGAGGAGGGAGAGGGAAUGUGAUUUAUCAGAGAAUACUUUGUCUGUUUUUAUGUUUAUGUUGUGUAUGUCGCCAAAGACCCACUAAUAAUGUACCUAUACACCAUCCUCUGUUCCAUCGCAACUUCUGCUGUGUGUGCAAUAAAAAUAUAAUAACAGAUUUUA